AUGAGGACGACUGCGCUGGUGUACCUCACAGCCGUGCUUCUGGCAUCGGUCAUAGCUGAGGAUGCUGCAAAGAAGGACACCCCAAAGAAGGACAAGCGUGGUAUUCUUUACGGAGGACUCGGUCUGGGCGGUAUCGGGGUAGGCGGCAUCGGCGGAGGCUACGGCUACGGUGGAGCCCUCGGCGGCGGUUACGGAGGCAGCUACGGCUACGGUGGCGGAAUCAGUAGCGGCUACGGAGGAAUCAGCGGUGGCUACGGAGGAAUCAGCGGUGGCUACGGAGGAAUCAGCGGCGGAUACGGAGGAAUCAGCGGCGGAUACGGAGGAAUCAGCGGCGGAUACGGAUACGGUGGUGGUAUCGGCCUCGGCUCAGGCAGUAUCGGAUUGAGCUCUGGCGGCAUUGGCCUCAGUGGAGGUGCUGGUGGGAUCGGCGGAGGGUCCAUUGGUCUUGCAUCAGGUGGGGCAGGCAUCGGUUCCCUUGGAAGUGGCAUCGGUGGUGCCGGAAUCGGCAUCGGGUCAGGUGUGGGGGCUGUAGCAGUCGCUCCGACCCAGACGGUCGUCCAGACCGUUGCAGUUCCUGAACCCCAGCCCGUGCCUGUUCCAGUAGAUCGCCCAGUCCCUGUUCCCCAGCCCGUUCCAGUUCCAGUCAGCCAUCCUGUACCUGUCCCCCAGCCGUACCCCGUCCACGUGCCCCACCCAGUCCCCGUUCCAGUCAGCCGACCAGUCCCCGUUCCAGUGAGCCGUCCAGUUCCAGUCCCCAUCUCACGCCCCGUCCCUGUCCCUGUGCCCCAGCCGUACCCCGUGCGAGUGCCGCACCCAGUUCCAGUCGGUGUCCCUCAGCCGUACCCUGUGACUGUCCCUGAACCGCGACCUGUACCAGUCCCAGUCCCUGUAUCGACUGGAGUCUCCUCUGUUGGCCUCGGAAGUGGAAUUGCUUCUGGAGGAUCCUUCGCCGGUGGUUCUGGAAUAGGAUCUGCUGGCCUCAUCGGUGGAGCUGUAUCAUCUGGCAUCUCCGGUGGAAUCAUCUCGUCCGGUAGUUCCCUGGGUGGUGGAUACGGCGGUGGAUAUGGAGGCUCUUACGGCUACGGCGGUGGAUACGGUGGUGGAUACGGAGGCUCUUACGGCUACGGCGGUGGAUACGGUGGUGGCUACGGAUCUGGAGGGGUAAUCUCCUCUGGCAUCGGUAGCAGCAUCAGCGGUGGAAGCCUAUCGAGCGGCCUGUCCGGUGGCUACGGAUAUGGUGGUGGCUACAGCAGCCAUGCUAAGGUGUGGUAA